AUGAGCACGUCCUUGGAAGGUCUCAUUGGUACGGUGGUAGGUGAUUUCACUCUAGCCAUUUUCCUAGUGAUGGCCGCUAUCGUCGUCAGCGUCGCAAUAUUGGUGAUUGAGAAGGGCAACUGUCGCAGCCGGAUAACGACGCAUCUAAUCAAUUGCGCAAUUGACGAAUUCUUAUACAAAUUCAUUAGCGCACAUUGUUUACGACGUCGUCGUCAUCGAGGCCGAAUUCGUCGUCCUCUCCUCGUCGUCCUCGCCUCCUCAUCGUCGUCGUCGUCGUUACUGUGUCCAGCCGACCAGCAGAAAUCAAUACCCAUCCGCCUCCAUCCAUCCGAACCCGGCCCAGUCCAUCCAUUCAGCCAAGGCCGUCGGCCCGGUCACGAAAGCCAAGCCGGCCAUGACUCUUUGCCACCGCCCGCUUACAACGACGUGUCUUCCUCGCCUCCUGCCGCUAUUCCAUUGGCAAAGGCAAAGGCGGCGGCAGGCGAGACCGAAAACACGAGAUAUUUGUUAGAGCUACUGAAAUAUCGAUCGGCUGUAGUCAUUCCAGAGUACUGUGGAGGCGAACUGUGCCGUCGGUCGUCGGUCGACCAUCCGGUCCCAUCUCCGGACUGCUGUGUCGGCAAUGGCGACGGUCGUUCGUCAUUUGGCCGUGACAGUCGCGGCGCAGCCUGGCCGAUCAAAACACUCUGA